AUGGGAGCGAAUAAGGUGGUCCAGAAGUCCAAGGAGGCCAAGAUGAAGGCCGCCAUGGCCGGUGGUAAGUCCCGCAAGAAGAAGUGGGCCAAGGGCAAGGUCAAGGAGAAGCUUGCCAACCUGGUCAUGUUCGACAAGGCCACCUACGACAAGAUGCUGAAGGAGAUCCCCAAGGCGAAGUUGAUCACACCCUCUGUGGUCUCCGAGCGUCUGAAGGUGAACGGCUCCGUGGCCCGUGUGGCAAUUCGACACCUGGAGGAGAAGAACAUGAUCAUGCACGUGGGCGAGAAGUCCAGCAAGCAGAUGAUCUACACGCGCAAGAUCGGAGGUGGCGAGGACUGA